UGGUGUCCACGAGGUGAUCUGGGGUAAACAUUAAGAAAAAUCCUUUCACAAUGGAAAAGUUUGUGAACCCACUGAUAGACCAUGACGUAGAUUCUCAGUUUAUGGCUAUAUUAGCUGCAGUUAUCGCAAUUAUUGUAACUAUAGUAUUGUUUGCCAUAUGGCACCGGAGAAGGUCUAUAGGAAACAAUAUAUUAUUAACUGGUCUCAGUGAUGCUGGUAAAACACUAUUAUAUGCACGUCUACUAUGUUCCAAAUUUAUUAAAACGCAUACAUCUGUAAAAGAAAAUGUAGGUGACAUUAUAAUUAAUAAUCGAUCCUUGAAAAUUGUUGAUAUACCAGGACAUGAACGUCUGCGUUAUAAAUUUUUUGAUCAGUUCAAGUCAUCCGCAAAAGGACUUGUCUAUGUGAUUGAUUCAGUAACUUUCCAAAAGGAUAUUCGAGAUGUCGCAGAAUUUUUAUAUAACUUACUCUCUGAAUCUGCUAUACAAAAAAAGUCUGUACUUAUAUUAUGCAAUAAACAAGAUCAGACUAUGGCAAAAGGUUCAGCUGUUAUAAAGACUUUAUUAGAGAAAGAAAUAAAUUUAUUACGUAUGACAAAAACAAGUCAAUUGGAAGCUACAGAUGCAUCAGCAAGAAAUAUUUUCCUUGGCGAGCAAGGAAAAGAUUUUGAAUUUUCUCAUCUAGAUAUAAAUAUUGAAUUUGCAGAAUGUAGUGCAUACAAUAAGGAUUCUGAAACUUCUGCAGAUAUUGAACAAUUAAACAAUUGGUUAAAAAAAAUUGUAUAA